AUGUUUGCAGAUGAUAUGACGCUCACUGUGUGUGGCAAAUCCACACAUGAAAUUUCGUCUGCUUUGGAUCAUGAUUUAAAUAAUGUUAACGAUUGGCUAAUGGCUAAUAAGCUUUGUUUGAACCUUAGCAAAACGGAAUAUAUGCUAAUAGGAUCCAGACACAGCAUCAAUAAUCUUGUUGAUAAUCCUUGUAUUUCUGUUGAUGGUAAACUUUUGAACCGAGUGAUAGUGACUGAGUCUCUAGGAAUUCAUAUUGACCAAUUUCUCUCUUGGGAUUUUUAUAUUGAGAAAUUGACAAAGAAAAUUUCUAGUGGCAUUGGAGCGAUUUCUAGGCUUAAACCGUUUGUAUGCAGAAAUACUCUUAUUUCUGUCUACAACGCUUUAGUUCAAACAUAUUUUGAUUAUUGUUGUGAGGUGUGGGAUCCGAUUGGCAGUGUUUUAUCUGAUAAAUUGCAGACUCUUCAAAAUUGGGAAGCAAGAAUAAUUAUGGGUUACCCAAAUGAGCACGAAUGCUCAGAAGCUGCUUUGACUGCGCUCGGGUGGAAAACACUUAAGAAACGUCGAUUUGAAUCUAAAGCCAGACUCAUGUAUAAGAUCAUUUAUGGUUUUGGACCUACUGCGCUUACUGAAAUAUUUUCUAGUGCGUCAGUUGUCAGAUCUCAUGACUACAAUUUACGUAAUUCUGACAUGAAGCUCAAUCUUCCUUUUCCUAAAACGGAAUAUUUAGAAAAGAGUAUAAGUUUCAACGGUGUUAAGUUGUGGAACGAUUUACCUAAUGAAGUUAGAAACGCGGAAAGCCUAGGAAUUCUUAACUCGCUUUUAUGUGCAACUAGCCUGUCACGAUCUACUAGUUUGUAA